GCAUUUACUCUCCCAACGCCCAAGUGAUCGCGUGUGGAGGGAAUCGCGAUCGUGCGGCAAAACGGCGGCACAACGUGCGAGUGUCCACGUGCUAGUGUUUUGGCGGGAGAUUCAAACGCAUAGGAUACAACCGUUACACGUUUCGGCGUGUGAUCUGCGAAAGUGCUUGUGUCGUCACGAUCCGUCCCAUUUCCACGCGGGAUUAAGUGGGCAGUCCUUGGCCGAGAUUUCGUCACAAUUCGCACAUGCUUAUGUGGAGCAGUGUGCCAGCCGAGAAAGACAGCUUUGUGCAGUUUGUUCGCGCGGAAAGCAAACCACAACGAAAGCAGCGAAGAAAACGGAAACGCCGGAAAGGGAGCCGGAAAGCAGUGAAACAGUGUGUCGCACAGUAGAACGGCCGUGUAAACGACCGAUACACGCAGGCGCAACCAUUGCUUCCGUUUGUGUAUAGAGAGGAAACCAGCGCUUGCCUCUAAUUCUCGUCCUGUUGCCGGCUGUCUUCGGCACGUUGUGGCGCCGUUGUUCGCGCGGUUUUUGUUGUGGUUCCCGUAUUCCUAGUGAUUCUUCCGCCUCACGUUCCGAGGUUGUGUGUAAACGAGUGCAUGUGUGUGUGUGUGUAAGUUGUAUGUGUUCUUCCGGUGCAUUAAAAUCCUGUGAUCCCUUAAAGUCUGAAGUGCUCUGCCAAGCUAUCACGAUUUGAUCAUUUUGAAUCAAUUACAUCGUUCGUUGUACCGAGUGACCCAGAGUGUUCACCCUAAUCCUGUUAAAGUGCGCAAGAGGAGAGAGAGAGAGAGGGAGAGAAAGAGAGAUAGCGAGGUGAUUUUCUUUGUGACGUCACAGUGGUCGGGAAAAUACCCUGCUGCCUAGCAAGGGUGAGUGAGUCAUCGUGCCGCGAGUGUCCUUGUGGUGUGUGAAUGAGUGUCUAGUGGCGUGUGCUCAUAUAAAGGCGCCGUGUGUUUGGCGCCAGUCAGCUGUUGGUCGAUACGGCGUGGAAAAUCCUCUCUGCUCCAGCAGGUUCUGGUACACCCUCACAGAGCCAGCAGUUCUCUUGCGCUGAUUUGUGUGCUGUAUCUUAUACCGCUACCGGUACGACCGGUCGCCCAGACGGGAUUAGCAACGAUCCCUAGUUCGAACGAGUGUUUCCAGCGGCUACAGGCGUUUCAGAUGGAUCGGUGCCGGAUAAUUCAACACAUUUUCUUAAGGACAAGACGGAGAGUCCUGUUUCAGCGACCGAAAUGUAUGUGGCUGGCUCUGCUGGCGAUUCAACUGUGGUUCGCCGAGCACAAACAGUACGGAGUCCUCACCAUACCUAUCGCCGGGACGGUAGGCAAGGCUGACGGCAAAUUCUGGGAUUACGACGAUGGAGUGCAAAACUAUCUGAUGCAAUUUGGUUACCUAGAAAAAUCCAACAUAGAAACGGGUAACCUUCGAACAAUAGACGAGUUGGAGCAAGCCGUGCGUAAACUGCAGUCGUACGGCAACCUCAAAUCGACGGGUAAGGUUGAUGCAGCCACCUUGGAAUUGAUGAGGCGGCCCCGUUGCGGGUCACCGGAUUUUCGCGAUUCGCUAGACUUUCUGGCAAACAACGAUGAACGACUGGAGUCUGGCCGGAGAGUACGUCGAUACGUCAAACAGGGUCAGAAAUGGCACAAUCCCAUCGUCACUUGGAGUUUGGUGAAUCAAACAAUGGGUUUGCUGGAUGCGGGCCAAGUCAGGCGAAUCCUGUACGAAGCGCUCGAUCUGUGGUCCCGGCACGCCAACAUCAGCUUCCGGGAGGUGUACAGCACCGAGGCGGACAUUCAGGUGAUGUUUGCGCGCAAAUUCCACGGUGAUGGUUACAACUUUGAUGGUCCGGGGAAGAUCCUUGCCCAUGCCUUCUAUCCUGGCUCCGGCAUCGGUGGCGAUGCUCACUUUGAUGAGGAAGAAUCGUGGCUACUCAACGAACCGCUUGAUGCGGAAGGAACUCGACUGUUUGACGUGGCAUUACACGAGUUCGGACACUCGCUAGGGUUGGGCCAUUCAUCCCAACAGAAUGCGAUCAUGUUUCCAUGGCAUCACAUUUCGUACCGUGGAAAGGAUACGAUUCCGGAGGAUGAUCGACUGGGCAUUGAAUCGAUCUAUGGACCCCGGUCGAAACGAUACGGUGUAAAUCCGGAACGGCAUACGCCACGCACGAGCACAACCUCGACGACCGUCGCACCAACACCACCACCGCGGCCAACCACUAAGCCACAUUAUCCUAGCAAGGGAGUGCCAGGACAUCCGAGAGAGGGUUAUCCUAAUCGAGUUCCAAGUUAUCCUAGAACCACGACCACCACCACCACCACCACCACCACUACCGAGAUGCCUCGCUCGCGUGAAUACUUCCCGUCGUACGGUAAUCGACAUCCUACGAGACAUCAUACGACAACGCAGGUGGUCCCAGCAACAGCAACGCCCCAUCACCGGCAACAUCAUCAUCCGCAUCAUCGUCCCGCAACGCCUACGCGACGAACGCAUCAUAAUGGACCAACCACCCCGCCGAAUCCGUGCAACACGAGCUUCGACGCGAUCACCAUGAUCCGGAAUGAACUGUUCGUCUUCAAGGAUCGCUGGCUGUGGCGUAUGGAACAGCAGAAAAUGAGUGAUGGAGUCGUCGAAGCCCAUCGGCCACCGGUGGCCUACGAAAUCAAUCGGCUGUUCUUCGGUUUGCCGGAAGAUUUCCAGCGUAUCGAUACGGUCUACGAGAACAAGUAUCAGAAAAUCAUUUUCUUCAUCGGAAAACAAUACUUUGUGUUCAACUCGCAAAAGAUCGAACCGGGCUAUCCACGGCCCCUGACGGAUCUGGGGCUACCGGAGAGCAUCGAGCGAAUCGAUGCGGCACUCGUUUGGAGCCACAACAAUCGUACCUAUCUCUAUAGUGGCCGACUAUACUGGAGGUUCGAUGAGGAUACCAACAAGGUCGAGUUGGACUAUCCGCGUGAUAUGUCGAUCUGGAAGGGUAUCGGGUACAACAUCGAUGCGGCCUUCCAGUACAGUGACGGCAAAACGUACUUCUUCAAGGGUCUCGGUUACUGGCGCUUCAACGAUAUGCGCAUGCAAGUGUCGCGCGAUCAGCAACCGAGCGCUACCCGGUGGAUGCGGUGUCCAAACGAGCGCCAGGUGCAGAACGAUCUCGAUGAUCCUAGCGAACCAACGGAUUUGCCCGAUCCCGAUUUGCAUCCUCGAAUCGAUACGAGCCGAAGUACAUCUCGGUGGUCCUCCUUCAACGUAGUGCUAUUGCUUCUUUCGCUGCUCAUCGCUGCGGCGCACCACUAACGCCCUUACACCAUAGACAAUUGUGCAAUAACACCCCCUCUUCGUCUUCAAAACAUCAUGACAUACCCUUUAAUUUACCCUCUAUUGCGGAUGCUUCGCAAUGCAACGUACUUUUUAUCGUAAUUCAAUCAAUAAGGACAGACUGUAUAGACCCCUCUCGAACCUACCUACGGAGGAAUAUUAAAUAAAACAA